AAUCUGUCAUUCAUUUCAUCAAAUGAAUAAUAAAUACAUUUAUUAUUAUUUAUUAUAAUAAGUUAUAAUAGAGUAGUGCAAUGAGAGAGUGGAAUAAAUAAUGGAAAAUUGGCGUAUAAAAAAGAGAUCAUGGCCAUAGAUUUGCAUGUAGAUUGUGAUAAUUUCGUCAGUUGAGGUCUCAUUUGUUUUUUUUACAUAUAGGACAAAGUUGUAGCACAAACAAUUCAAGAUGCAUUUUUCCAUUCCUGAUACCCAAGAAUUGAAUGAAGGAAAUGGGUCAACAUUCAUUGGAUACAACAUUCAUAUCAAUGGUAUUUUUCACUGUACAGUCAGGUACAAACAACUGCACAAUUUGAAUGAACAGUUGAAAAAAGGAUUUGGCAAUGAGGCAGUCCCUGCAUUUCCACCUAAAAAGUUACUUCCUCUCACUGGUGCCCAACUAGAGGAAAGAAGAGUGCAGUUAGAGAAAUACAUUCAGACAAUUGGUCAAGAUUCAAGAUUAGUAACUUCAGAAUUGAUAAUAGGCUUCUUACUAUCUGCUCAACAAGAAACAACAUGUGAGAAGAAACAGGAUAUUAAUUUAGAUAUCUACACCAUGAAUAAUUAUCAGAUACCUGUCUGGGUUUCUUCUUUUGACAGAACAGAACAAGUGCUAGCCACAGCAUUCAAAUAUAUAAACUUGCCAUUAGAGUAUUUAGACUAUUUUUCCCUUUAUCUUGUUAAAAAGGAUAAUAGUGGAGAAAUUAUUGUAUUAAGGAAGCUCCUGGAUUUUGAGUCUCCAUAUAUAUCUCAUAAACUUCAGAGGGAUGCUAACAAGAUAGUUUUGAGAAAAAGUUAUUGGAACACUAAUUAUGAUUUUGAACUGAUGAAUGAUCCAAUAGCACUUAACCUGCUAUAUGUCCAAACAGUCACUGAGGUUGAGAAAGGCUGGAUCUUCACCAGCAGAGAAAUUAAAUCUAGAUUAACUAGCCUCCAAGUUAGUUUAGCUAAACGUGAAUAUAUUGAAAUUGCUCAAUCACUGAAAUACUAUGGAUUCAUGCAAUUCUUACCAUGUUUUUGUGAUUAUCCAAAACCAGAAACUAAAGUUCUUAUAGCAAUUGGGAACCAAGAGUUGAGUAUGAGGAUACCUGGAACAGGACAAAUGGUUAAGGAGGGUAGUUUCAAGGUUACAAGGAUGAGGUGUUGGAGAAUCACAGCUACACAUAAUAAACAGGAUAUGGCAGCAAAUAGUAGAUGCAGUACAAACUCUAGCCUAGAAUUAUCAUUUGAAUAUCUCAUGUCAAAAGACAAAUUGCAAUGGAUAACCAUAUCAAGUGAACAAGCAAUUUUGAUGUCAGUUUGUUUACAAUCACUUGUAGAUGAGUUACUGUUGAACAGAAAUGGUGUGAAGAAAAAAUAUCUUCCUGGUACAAGGAGUAGCUGGUCAUAUAUGAAGAGAGAUGGGUCAAGCCAGUUGAUAUCUAUUGAUGAUGUCAGUUUAGACAAUAAGAUUGAUGACACACAGGAAGGUAAUUAUGAGGAGUCUUUCUCAAUAAAGAAAUUGCAGGAAAAAUUUUCUAGUGUGUCUUUUAAAAAUGGACGGGAGUUCAUAGAGAAUCAUGCAUUUGAAUGUAUAGGAGAUGAUGAUUUAUAGUAAUCUCCUGUUAUUUGCUCAAGGGUAUUUCAUAACUUGCUGAAAACUUGUUUUUCAUUCUGAAUUAUGGAGAGAUCUGUCCACAUGAUUCUUUCAUUCAGUGUACCAGAUAAUAAUUGGCAACAAGCAAAUUUUGAAGAGGUUCUCCUCAGUCCAUAACUUGUGCCAAAUCUACAGGUAAAAGUAAUAUAUUUUACUAAUGUGGUGGUUUAUUACAUAACUGUAUUUUAGAUAUUGCUAUCUUGUAUACAAAUUGAUAAAUAUGUGCGAAUUCCCCAUAAUG